UGCAUCCAUAUAUGAUCUAUUUUUUCUGAUUACAUCUCUUCUAUAGUAGAGUUUUUCUAUGGAUUCUUCUUGGAUCACCUUGUUUAUGUCUCUAUUCUUUAUUGCAAUUCUAUUCUUGUUUUCAUAUCUCUUCUUAAAGUCAUUACUUUCUAAAGGUAGUUACCAGUUACCACCUGGUCCAUAUGGUUUGCCAAUUCUUGGCAAUCUUCAUAGGUUGGGUGAUCUCCCACAUCAAAACCUUCAGAAAUUAUCCCUCAAAUAUGGACCCAUAAUGUACAUGAGAUUAGGUCUAGUUCCAGCCAUUGUUGUCACAUCACCGGAGUUAGCCGAACUGAUCCUGAAAACUCAUGACAUUGUUUUUGCUAGCAGAUCAAUACUUGAGAGUGGAAAAUACUUUGGUUAUGAACAGAAGGGUUUAGUUUUCAAGCAAUAUGGUUCGGCAUGGCGAAACAUUCGGAAAUUAUGUACUUUACAUUUACUUACUAAUUCGAAGAUUGAAUCGUUCAAGUCUACACGAGAAAGUGAAGUGAGAAAUGCUGUUGAAUCCAUUAAAGUUGCAGCUGAUGGUCAAGUGCUCGUUAAUUUGAGCCUUAUAGUGGAAUCGUUAGCAGAAGAUAUAACACAUAAAACAAUAUUUGGAUCACUUAAGAAUGAUCGGUACAAUUCUAAAUCUCUCAUCCAAGAAGCUUUUAGGUUAGCAGGAGCCUUCAACGUUGCUGAUUACAUUCCAUAUAUCGGGCCACUUGACCUUCAGGGAUUGGCCAGGCAAAUGAAAUCAACCGGCAAACUUGUAGAUGAAUUUCUCGAGCACAUCAUUGACCAACAUAUAAAAGACCAUGGAAUGUCACAACAAGAUCAUUAUCAAAGGGACUUUGUGGAUAUUUUGUUAUCCUUGAUGAAUGCACAAGAGACGACCAUGAAUAAUGAACUGAAAUUAGAUCGUGAAAAUGUCAAAGCAAUCUCGUUAGACAUGAUCGGAGCAAUGAUGGAGACGUCAGCAACGACCGUCCAGUGGGCAAUCUCAGAAAUCAUAAAGAACACUCGCGUCAUGAAACUAGUUCAACAAGAAUUGGAAACAGUAGUCGGGUUGGAUAGACAAGUAGAAGAGACUGAUCUAGUGAAGUUGCCAUACUUAGACAUGGUGCUAAAAGAGAGUAUGAGACUUCAUCCUGUGACUCCGCUCUUGAUACCUCGUGAAUCCAUGGAUGAUAUAUACAUUAACGGUUACCAUAUACCUAAAAAGACUAGGGUAUUUGUGAACGUUUGGGCAAUCGGAAGGGACAAGCAAGUGUGGUCGGAUAAUGCUGAGGAAUUUUAUCCAGAGAGGUUCAUUGAGGUGGAUGUAGAUAUGAGAGGAAAAGACUUUAGGCUUUUGCCAUUUGGAUCAGGUCGUAGAGGUUGCCCUGGAAUGCAAAUGGGUCUAACCUUGGUCCGAUUGAUGUUAGCACAAUUGGUUCAUUGCUUUAAUUGGGAGCUCCCAAAUGGAAUGUUACCCCAUAAGUUGGAAAUGAAUGAAAAGUGGGGUUUAACUGUUCCUAGAGCUAACCAUUUGAUGGCUAUCCCAAUUUAUCGUCUAACUAAAUAGUGUUCCAACAAUCACGAUAGGUCAAAACGUCCGUUAAUACAUGUCUUUCUUGUUUGUUUGUUGCUUGUUUUAUGUCUACUUGUAAUAUUUGAAGUCAGGCCUAGACUCCUCAUUUAUGUUUUCCAUUCUCUUAUUAAUAAAUUUCCCUCGAGGAUGUGUUUAAAAAAAUUGUACUUGUAAUCUCAGUAUAAUAAAAAUUGUACUUUUAUUA